AUGGAGCUGGUGCUAGUGGAGAGCGUGGAGGGGGAACAGGAGGUGCAGCCGGCGAAUGGGGAGCCGUCGGCGCCGGCCCUGGAGCUAAACCUCCUCGGCGCCCUCGGUGCUGAGGAGAAGGGGAAGGCCAAGUCGAGCGAGGCGGCGGGGCCGUCCGUGGAGCAGAAGGCCGCCGCCGCAGGCGGCGAGAAGCGCCGCAUGUUCAAGUGCAACUACUGCCAGCGCAAGUUCUACACGUCGCAGGCGCUGGGCGGCCACCAGAACGCGCACAAGCGCGAGCGCUCCAUCGCCAAGCGCGUCGCCGCCGGGCGGGGCGGCGGCCCGGGCGCCCUGUACGGCGCGGCCGACCCCCUCGUGCCGCACCACCUCCGCUACCCCAGCGUCUGGCCCUAUUCCGCCCCCGGCAGGUUGUUCCUCGGCCGGGGCUCCGCCGCUGCGCCGUUCUACGGAAUGCACAUGCACCACCACGGAUGGGGCGCGGCGGCCCUGCCGUCCCUGGCUGGGCUCGCGCGUCACGCCGCUGCCAACCGCCCGAUGCACCCGCCGGAAGUCCCUGACGCGGCGCCGGCGAUGCCCGCGCCGAUCCGGUGGGCUGGUGGCAGCUCCGCCGGCAGCGGCAGUGGCCACGGCGGCGAUCAGAACGGUAAUGAAGUGAAGCAAGAGGAGGAGAUCGCCGGCAAGAUAGACUUGACCCUCAAGCUCUAG